AUGGAAGACAUCAACAUAUCCCAAGAUCAGUUCAAUGUCGGCCAGCAAAUGCUGUCUCUCGGAAUUGUGCUUUUUGAGAUCCCAGCCAACAUGGCGCUCUACCGCGUUGGUCCUGGCAAGUGGCUUACGCUCCAACUCUUCCUCUUCGGCACCGUCAGCACGUUCCAAGCGUUCCAGACAAACUACGGCUCCUUCAUCGCAACACGAUUCCUUCUCGGUAUCACAGAGUCUGGCUUCAUCCCCGGCGGCCUCUGGACGCUCUCGACAUGGUACACGCGCUCCGAAACCGCCAAGCGCGUCAUGAUCUUCUACUUUGGGAACCAGUUCGGCCAGGCGUCCGCCAAACUCCUCGCAUACGGCAUCCUGCACAUGCGCGGAGUCGGCGGUAGAGCAGGAUGGUUCUGGCUGUUUGUGCUCAUGGGCGGCUUUACCAUCCUCAGCGGCUUCGUGCUGGGCUUCUGUCUGCCCGACUCGUUCAAGAAGCCCCAUCCGACGUUCCUGCCCAGAUGGCAGAUAUUCUCUGACCGCGAGAUUCACAUCCUCCGCACGCGCGUCCAUCUCGACGAGCCGGCCAAGGGCAACAAGAAGAAGCGAAUCGGCCGUGUUGCGUUCGUAAAGGCCUUCAGCAACUGGCGCAUGUGGGCGCACUUCGCCAUCACCAUGUGCAACAACGGCCCGCAGCGCGCCUUCGACACCUACGCCCCCUCGAUCGUGCGCUCCUUCGGCUUCGGCCAGCUGCGUGCAAACGCCAUGGCGGCCGUGGGUCUGUUCAUCCAGAUCCCCGUCUCGUUUUCCUUCAGCUGGUUCUCGGACCGCUUCAACCGGCGCGGCGAGACGGUCAUGGCGGGCAUCAGCUGCCACUUGCUGGGCUACCUCUUCAACCGCGUCUUCACCGAGACCAGCAGCCAGGGCGCAAAGUACUUUGGCGUCGUGUGGACGCAGACGUUUGGCACUUUCUCGCACCCGCUGAACAUCACCUGGAUGUCGCUGACGUGCACUGACUCCGAGGAGCGCGCACUGGCUAUGGCGCUAGUCAUCAUGGGCGCCAACAUCGCCGGCAUCUACGGCGCGCAAAUCUUCCGCGAAGACGACAAACCGCGCUACCGCCGCGCCUUUGCCGUCGCCUGCGCCAUCCUUGCUGUGGGUCUGCUCGUUGCGGUCGGUCGCUACAUCGAAGAUAAGAUCCACCGCCGCAGGAAGGCUAGGCAGAUCGAUGACGGAUCGUCGAGUGAUGGGGAUGUGCCGACGUUUUUGCCCAGCGAUGAUCAGCCCGCGCCUGUGGUUGAUGGGAGGUCGUCGCUUACGACGGGCAGGCUCUAG